AUAUAUAACCAAUGCCAGCAAAGGCAUGAGAUCAUCACCUCCAUCAUUUACAUCUAUAUUGUGUGUGUGUAUAGUAUAUACAUACACAGACACACAUCUAAGUAAAAGAAGCUUGUACAUCGAUCAGCUAAUCAAAUUUUCAUUUCCUCCAGGCUAUCAAACUCCUAAUAAAUUUCCAAAUGAAGCAACCAACGAAACUCGUCUUCAUCCCCUCUGCCGGCACCGGCCACCUCAUCUCCGCCGUGGAGAUGGCAAAGCUCCUUGUCUCUCGAGACGAGAAACUCUUCAUCACAGUCCUCAUCAUGAAGCUCCCCUUCGAAUCCAAGGGUACAGAGGCCUACAUAUCCUCCCUCGAAUCCUCUCCCGUGUUGUCACGUGUCAACUUCAUCACCCUCCCACAGGCCGCCUCCGACAUCGACAGGCGCAAAAGUCUCAACGCCUUCCGCAGCCAAUUCGUCGAGAGCCACAAACCCUACGUCAAAGAUGCUGUCUCCAAACUCGCCGAGUCAGAGUCCGAGUCGACUCGGGUUGCCGGGUUUGUCAUCGACAUGUUUUGCACGACAAUGAUCGACGUGGCCAAUGAGUUCGGAGUUCCUACGUACAUGUUCUUCACUUCGCCGGCCGGGUUUCUCGGGCUGAUGCUUAAUAUCCAAACGAUUCGCGACGUGUAUGGCAAGGACGUAAGCGAGUUCAAAGACUCGGAUGCUGAGUUGACACUGCCGACUUUUGUCAACUCGGUUCCGGCUAGAGUUUUGCCAAGCGUCCUUUUGGACAAGGAUGGUGCGAAAGCUUUCCUUGGCUAUGCCAACAGGUUUAGAGAACUCAAGGGUAUUCUGAUAAAUACGUUCGUUGAGUUGGAAUCACACGCCCUUGAUUCACUUUCUGAUGGUAAGACCCCACCUGUGUACCCUGUGGGACCUAUUCUGAACCUAAAGAGCAGUGAAACCGAAGAGGGUUCGAAGCAGGCUCAGCAGAAGUCGGAUAUAUUGGAGUGGCUAGAUGACAAGCCCGAUUCAUCUGUGGUGUUCCUGUGCUUUGGGAGCAUGGGAAGCUUUGGUGAGGACCAGGUGAGGGAGAUAGCUUGGGGGCUGGAGCAAAGUGGGCAUCACUUCUUGUGGUCGCUGCGCCAGCCCCCACCAAAGGGGAUUAUCGCUUCCCCUAAUGACUAUUCGGAUCCUACGGCAGUCCUACCUGAAGGGUUCCUCGAUCGGACAGCUGGGAUUGGGAAGGUCAUAGGUUGGGCUCCGCAAGUGGCGAUCCUAGCCCACCCGGCCGUUGGAGGGUUCGUGUCCCAUUGCGGGUGGAAUUCCACGUUGGAGAGCCUAUGGUUUGGCAUGCCGGUCGCCGCUUGGCCGGUGUACGCGGAGCAACAACUAAAUGCAUUUGAGUUGGUGAGGGAAUUAGGAUUGGCCGUGGAAGUUAAUAUGGAGUAUAGGAGGGACUUGUACGGUGAGUACCCAAAUGUUGUGAAGGCACAUGAACUAGAGCGAGGGAUAAAGGAGUUGAUGGAGAAGGAUAGUGAUGUGAGGAAGAGGGUGAAGGACAUGAGUGAGAAGAGCAAGAAAGCCUUGAUGGUUGGUGGCUCCUCUUACAAUUCAUUGGGACGUUUUCUUGAUCAAAUUUCCCUAUGAUUUGUCAAAGAUUAUGAUCAUUCUCAAGGAGAAUUUUGGAAAUUCAAAGGGUUAAAUUUUUCUAGGAAAA